AGAGAAGCCAGAUAAACAUGGCACCGAAAGUUCCAGCAGCAAAGAAAGGCGAGAAGCGAGCGGGAAAAACUAAGUCGGCGGCAGUUGAUGGUUCGGCCAAGAAAAAGAGGAAGGGAAAGAGAAAGGAGAGCUAUGCGAUCUACAUCUACAAGGUCCUUAAGCAAGUUCAUCCCGAUACGGGUAUUUCUAGCAAGGCCAUGGGUAUCAUGAAUUCGUUUGUGAAUGAUAUCUUCGAGCGUAUCGCCAAUGAGUCUUCCCGCCUGGCGCACUACAACAAGAAGUCGACCAUCAGCCCCCGCGAGAUCCAGACCGCCAUCAGGUUGCUUCUGCCCGGAGAACUUGCAAAGCAUGCUGUCA